AGCAGCAGCAACAGCAACAACAGCAACAACAGCAGCAGCAGCAACUUGGUAAUGGAACAAGUCAUGGUGGCCUUGCUCCACCUUUACCGAGCGCGCAUCAUCCGCUACGGCACGCGCAGCAACCAGGCCAGCAUUCACAUUUGCAUCAUCCACAGCAUCUUGCGGUGAAUGGACAACAUCAGCAUCAACAUCAUCAACACAAGGGAUAUUAUUAUGGGCAGGGUCCGUCCACUUCGGUACCACAGACCAGCCAGGCACCGCGCAUGGGGAUGCUGCAUCCGGGCCAUACGCUUGCGCCAUUGUUGUCUCCACGUGCACCGUUACCAUCACAACGCGAACUGCCAUCGCAACGCAUGUCGCCACGCAACAAGCAAGAGUUUGCCAUCCCACCGAUCGUUCCUUCUCAGCAACACCCGCCACUCACUGCACAUCCAUCCACGUCUUCAUAUCAUCCUUACAUGGCGUCGCCCAUGUAUCAACGCAACAGUGCCAACAAUAGCAGCAGCAGCAGUAGCAACAACACCAGUAAUAGUAGUAAUCAUAAUAAUCACCAACAACAACAACAACAACAACAACCGGCUACUGCUGCAUUGCCUACAACCGCACGAGACGUCCCGCUCCCACCUCAGACGCCAACGACAAAUUCGUUUGGAUCAUUGCAACGACAGCAAUUUUUACAGCCCUUUGAGCAUUUGUUUGAAACGAUCGAAACGUCACGAACCUUAAAGUCGACUUUGGAUGAUCAAAUCCGACGCUCAUCGACACUGAUGCAGACGUUGCAAGCAUCUUCCACGACGAUUGAAGGUUUGGUGCGUAACCAGAUCAAGGAGGCGCAAAAGGAACUUAUGACGGAAAUGGAUGCGGCUUUUGAGAGUAUCUUGCAACGGAUUGAAAAGUUGGAACGUACGGCAGGAAAAAGACAACAUCGGGCGAUAGCAGCAGAAGAUAAAAGGGAUUACGACGAAGAAGACGAAGAAGAAGAAGAACCCGAGUUACCAUUACCACAUCAUCAUCGCCAAGGACAAAGUGAACAAGAAGAUGAAGAAGGAACAUCAGCGGGUGCGAUGGUACCACCGCCAGCGUCGAGCAAAAGUAACGGAUUCCUGCGGAGUCCUCCGACGAUUGUUCGAUCCCAGAAUGAUAUCGGACCGAAUGAAUACCACGGCUUAUUAAAUGCAUUACGAGAGCGAUUGGAUCGACUGGAGCGGCAGUUUGAUACGUGACAUGUUGAUGAUGCGGUUGUGUACACGUACCAGCAGUACCAGCAGCCGCAGCAGCAGCAGUAGUAGUAGUAGUAGUAAUAAUAAUAUGAACAGUAGCAGAGUAGCAGUAGGAUAAUAAUAGCAGCAACAGUAGUAAC